AGGACCAUAAACCGAAGAUUUUAGAAUCAUCAGACGUGUUUAAUCAGUCUGUACUUUGCUGGUAGAAUAAGAAUUAAGGUUUUCCAUCUACGAAAUCACCUCUGUAGCUAUAAAAUGGUUACGAUGAUCUAUUCAGGUUUGAAUCAUAUAUAUUGACUCUCUCCGAGCCGACGCGACGAAGAUCCAACUUACCAGCACCUUUCACUAAUGUAUGCUUAGUGUGAAUGUGACAAAAUCCGAAACACAACAUCAAGCUAGUUGCAGCGAGCAUGCAAAAUCACUAGUAAUACUAAUACGUGGAAAGCAAUAAAGUGCAAGUAUAGAUGGCUGAAUCUGAACAUCCUCUGCGGCUCAUUCUUCAUGAUUUUCUUUCCCUGAAUCUUUGCAAGGAACUUGAGUUCAUACACAAGAGCUGUUGUACCGUUGGUUACAGACCUAAUGUUUUCUCCACCACUCUGUCUCAUCUCAUUGCAACCAAUUGUGGUCAUCUCCUCAUUCCUUUUGUUUCCAUCAGAGAGAGACUGAAAGACAAAGUUGAGGAGUUCUUUGGGUGCGAAUAUGAGCUCUUCAUCGAAUUCACUGGUUUGAUCAGCUGGACAAAGGGAGCAAGUAUUGGAUGGCAUAGUGAUGAUAACAGAUCCUAUCUGAAGCAACGAGAUUUUGCGGCAGUCUGCUAUCUGAAUAAUCAUGGGAAGGAUUUUAAAGGCGGGGUUUUCCACUUCCAGGAAGGGGAACCUACAAGUGUUGUGCCUGUGGCUGGAGACUUGGUGAUCUACACAGCUGACAGUUGUAAUAUCCAUUCUGUAGAUGAGAUCACUGAGGGUGAAAGGCUAACAUUAACAUUAUGGUUCAGCGGUGAUAGUUCCCACGAUGAGGAUAUUAAACUCAUUUUGCUAUUGUCUCAAACUCUGUUGUCAUCUAGUUUAGAUAGACCAUUUCCCUACCUUCCAUUGCCAGCAUCAAGUAACAUGUACUGGUUUCCUCAAGACCAAGCUUCUCAUGAUCACCAAGAAGGAUUUGACAUUCGCUGGGCCAGAAUACAUGUUCUUCAUUAUACUUUUAAUGUCAGUGAUCAUAAAAUUAAUAGUGCAACAUCAGAUUCAUCAUUUCAUCUCUCGGAGCUACUGAUGGAGCCAUUAAGGUUAGGUAGGGAAAAUGAGUUAUUCAAGAAUGAAUUUGUCAACGGUUUGCACGCUCUUCAGGUAGUGCAAUUUUACUGCUGGAAAGCCACUGAACUACCAGCAGUGAAUCUCAUCGACGAAGAGUUCAGAAAAUUCACGGAAUUAUCCUGUUCAUUGGAAGACUUCAAAAAUGACAGCCUAAAAGUGAUUUUUCUUGGUGAUCAGCAACAUGUACAAUCAGUUUUUGGCUCUCAAUCUUCUGACGAGAAGAUACAAUCUUCCUUUAAUUGGACACACUUCUCUUCUGCAAUUGCUGCUUGGGAAGAUUACAGCCAUCAGUUACAUAGGGAAUUGAUUACGAGCUUACCGCACUGGAGAACGAAUCAAUCUAUUUUCACUAUCGUAACCUGAUGAUACCUUCAAAAAAGUGCAUUGUAUUACAUAAUCUCAAGUUCUUGAAAAAUACUGACAUGUUCCUAUAAAACAGUAUUAACCGUGUCCAUUAACAUGCCCUUAAAUACAGAAAAUUUUCUCAGUUGGCCAUUUUUUGCUCUUAGAUCAAUCUGUAAUCUUGCUUGUCUACUUAUAUGGGAACACUUACAUUUUGCAUUCUUGCUCUUGGAUCAAUUUGUAAUCUUGCUUAUCUAUUUAUAUGGAAUACUUACAUUUUUCUUUUGUUGGA